AUGCGUGGGUACAAGCAAGUCUCGAGCGAGUACCUGGACGCCGCAGUCGGUCGACUACCGACUCUGAGUCGACGGCGCCGGGUACUCGUCGCAGCGACUUUCAUACUCCUUGUCAUUUUACUCUUUGCUGUCAACGAUGACCGUCACCUUGUUCCAAAUUCUAUACCCUCAUCCCUCUCCUCUCCAUUUUCUGGCAAGAAAGAUACACCGAAGAAGUCCGCGAUCCUUCACCUUCUUAUCCCUGCAGAUCACAAAGAUGUCAAUCUUUGCAAAACAAUGCUAAGCGCUGCAGUGGCUGGAUAUCCAACUCCAACGCUGAUCAACUGGGGUGCCAAAUUCGACGAUAAAACGCUCGUGGCUGGAGGUUCGCAUUUAGCCAAGAUCAGUGGUGUACUCGAGUAUCUGCGUACACUUGGACCGGAGCGUGACGACGACCUAUUAUUGCUUGUGGAUGGAUAUGAUAUCUGGUUUCAACUGCGUCCCAGUGCGCUGGUAUCGCGCUUCCACGCCAUCAAUAACGAGGCGAACACGCGGAUACAGCAAACUAUGGGUUCGAAAGCAGCAGCUGCAGAAGGGAUAAGCCAAAACAUCAUCUUUUCUGCGCAGAAGCGGUGCUGGCCAUGGAAGCCAGAAGACCCACCUUGUUACGCUGUUCCGCAGUCUUCGCUGCCAAACCACAUCUACGGCCCCGAAACGGAUACGGAUAUUGGAUUUGAGAAAAAUCCAUAUGUUAAGUUUCGGCAACGCUAUCUCAACUCUGGUGAUGCGAUGGGUCGCGUAGGGGCGAUGAAGGCCCUCUUCGAACGGGCGAUGGAAAAGGCAGAAAAGGACCGGAACUUCGGCAGUGAUCAAAAGAUCUUCAGUGAGAUCUUCGGAGACCAGGAGUUCCAGCGAGAGGUCAUGAGACAGCGGCAUCGGAAUGUUUUCCAGAAGAUGGGAGGCUGGUUAACUGGUAGGAACAGUAUCCUCAACCCACAGUCUGAGCGACACUUGCGCGAUCACAAAGGAGGAAAACCCGAUGAGUUCGGUAUAGGGUUAGAUUAUGCUAGUCUGCUUGGCCACCCGACGGUGUUUGCAGAGGAAGAUUCAGCAUGGGUGACAUAUGAUGACCCCAAGUCUAUCGCGCAAGCCUCCGCCGAGCUCAAAAUUGCGCCAGUACGCGUACAUGACCUCGCCCAAGAUGUCACAGACUCGCAGCCACCAUUUCGCCCAGCAGUCGUUGCUCCCGGUUCCACCUUCUCUGAAGAUAAAACCUGGCGUGAAGUCCCUCUCUAUACCAACAUGUGGACGAGAGUCGUUCCUGGUCUCAUUCAUCACAAUGCUCAUCGAGACGGACUGAAGUCGCUGCGCGUCUCGGUCUGGGAUCGCAUGUGGUACUUCAACCAUUCUAGAAAGUUGUUUGAGUCGAACGCUGCCGGACCGGUUGGUCCCGUCGCUGUCGUGCACGAUGAUGAUGGGAAGGAGCAGGCGUGGUGGAGUCCGAUUGCAGAGAAGGGCGGAGCGAAGUCGGACAAGGGUGAAUGGCUACCAUGGGAUGAUUUGUGUCAGGAGUUUGAAGGCGAGGUGUUCAGGGAUAACUAG